AUCAAUAGCCCCCUCCCCUGCCCACACCCUGCAGGAGGCGCACACAUGCAGUGUCAGACGCAGCUCUGGACCACUCAUAGACAGACCCAGGCACACCCUGCUCUACGCUAUCAUGUCUGACAAACCCAAUAUGAGAGAAAUCUCCAGCUUUGACAAGACUAAGCUGAAGAAGACAGAGACCAGAGUGAAGAACCCAUUGCCAACCAAAGAAACAAUCGACCAAGAGAAAAAACGAGAGCCAUCGCCUUGACCAGAGGAAGAGAAGUUUCCGACAAGCUACUUUGAUUUGAUUCUCUGACCUCCAUCUGCCAAGAACCAUAACUAUGACGGGAGAACAGGACCUUGACUUUUAUCACACUGGUGCUCAACAAAUUUAGAAAAUAAAGGGUAUUAGGAUUGGUUGUUACAGUCAGAGGAUGAGUUUUUGAAACACUUGUGGCUCAAUUUGUUUUGUAUGUCUCCAAGUCAGAAUAAUAAAGAUGGUGUAAAAAACAAAGAAGAUUUUU